AUGUGGACAGGAUUGCUUGUCAUAUUUAUUGUUACACAAACAAAAGGUCAAACAUUAUUAACUCCAGAGACCUAUAUAAAAGUAUCACAGAAAUACAAUCAAACACUCUCAUUUGUGAUUGACCCAUCACUUUUACUUCCAAACUCAAAAUACGAAAUUAAGACGCACUCGUUAGGCUCCGAACCAAACCUUUUUGGAGUCUCACUCUAUCAAGAAAAGCAUUACACGACAAAUCAAACAUUCUUGGACGAGUCUAACAUCCACUUCUCUACAAACGAAAAUGGCUGCGUUAAAGGAGUUGACAUGGACCACUGCGAAAAAUUCAAUUGCUUUGUCGCGCUCCUUUAUAUGGGUAGAACCGCUCAGGCAGAUGUCUUGAAUAAACCUAUCUCGUACUUCAUCUCACUUAAAAGAGGAAAAUUGGGUCUUCCUGGAGACGUCCCGGCACUCAUUGUGUUGGGAAUCUUCUGCCUUUUGAUUGCAGGGGCUCUGACACUUCUAAUAAAACGAUUCUUCGAAGGAAAAGACUCCACAAAAACAGAGUGA